ACCAAAAAGGAAAAAAGUCCCUUCAGCCUGGCAGGAUGACCGAUAUUAUUUAACGAUAUUAGUUAGAGACAACUGACAAGAAAGACGUAUCACCUUUAAUUAUACAAUUUAAUAAAGAAACAGUUUCUCGGGAAAGUGGUUGUUUUCCGAUCGAGCCCCUGCCACGCUAUACCACGAAAAUUAACGCGCACAACAAACUUCCAAGUCACAAUCAGCUCACCCACGCCGGCAGAGCGGAUCGCUACAGCCAGUGUUUUACCGAGCCCUCGGCACUGCAAAUUCUUCACCUCCCGUUCACCUCGCCUGGAAAGACCGAAAGAAAAGCCGUGCCUACCCCAGGAGCGACAGCAGCGCACAUCAGCAGGUUUGGGCUCGGUUUCUGUCGGGAGGGCUCAUGCCUGCCGGCUGCCGAGAGCCCGGCUCUCCUCUAGUCCAGCCCUUUGCCGCAGAUGACUUUCUGUACAAACUGAUGAUGACAGAUAUCCAGCUGAUAACCUCUGGUGAACGAAGUUAUUUUAAUUUCCAGUCACUUUCCUGCUAAGUACCAUAUCAGUUUGUACACAGCUGAGAUAAGAGGGUUGAGGAGCGGGGGGGUAAUAAGAAAGAAACGGAGGAAAAAUGCCUACCGCCAGCUGUUGGGAUGGACAUCCCACAGCUUGAUUUGGCUUCACCUGACGGUUGGGGCAACUCAAGGAGGAGCCACAUUUUUUUUUUUAUCUCGGAUAGCUCGAAUUCUGACGAGCAAAAACUAAGGAGAUUUGAGUGAGGGUUACAUUCGCCUGGCUGCUUAGGGCGAAAGCCAGGCACACAUCCCACCCCCAGCUGCUGCCAGGGGACAUUCGCCGACAUGCCAGUAGGCACGGAGGAAAAAAAAAACCCCAACCUUACAGAAGCUGAAUAUUCACCAUAAAAAAAAAAAUUACGGGUGAAGGAGGGAAGAGUGUGUAUUUUUUCUGGGUUAAAAGAAAUUGAAAAAAAAAAAAAAACUAAGUAAAAAGACUGGGAUAUCUGGCAGAGCCAGCCCUCUCUGCUCGUUCCUGCUCCCCGGGCAGGGGUCCGUCGCCCCUUAGCUGCGGGGGCCCCGAGGUGCCCCCCCGCCCCCGGAGCUGCGGCGGCCCGGCUGGCCCCGGGACUGGCACCCCUGCGGAGCCCCGUGUUUGUUUAGGGCUGGCCGAGCCCAAUCAGGGCCGGCUGCCUGCAGUUUUCCGGCAGGGCUGCGAGAGGCGCCUCCUCUCUCCUUUUUAUACAUGAGCCGCCGGCCGCCGCCGCCGGAGUCGCCGCCGCCGCUCGCCCCCGCCGCACUGGAUUUACCGCCCGCCGCGGCCCCGCGUCCCGGCCCCAUGCGGGGCACCGGCAUCAGCGGCUAGAAGGGGACCUGGAUGGCCGUGGCUGAAGGCGGCUGGUGCGCGGUGAAGCGGUGCGCUGCGGACGCCGGCGGUUCCUCCUGUGCCUUCGCCACCAGGGAGCCGCGCCCGUCUCCUCCUUCGCCCUCCUCCUCCGGCUCCCAGGGUGAACGCGGCUCCUCCAAGACUCCUCGGCCGGAGACCGACGACAGUCACCGGCCGGCCCCGCCGCCCGCCGCCGAGGGCAGGUCGCUGCUCGCCCCCUACGUGCACUUCGGGACCCCGCACCCCUCCGGCCGGCCCGGCUGGGAGGACAUCCUGCUCUUCGCGGACUUAGACCAAACCAACAAGCUGAUCUGGUCCAGCCGCGGCCCCAAGCUGAGCGCCCUCGGCGCCGAGCAGCCCGAGGAGAUGUACCAGACCCUCGCCAUCUCGGCCGCCCAGGGCCCCACGCCUUACGACGGAUCUCCGGGCGGCUUCAUGCACUCCACGCCCAGCUCGCCCGUCUACGUGCCCACCACCCGAGUGGGCUCCAUGCUGCCCACGCUGCCGUACCUGCAGGGCAGCGGCGCGGCCCAGCCCAGCCAUCCGGGCGGCGGCCACGCCGUCUGGUCCCAGCCGGCCGCGGAAAGCCCCUCGUACAGCAGCGGCGGCGGCUCGCACCCCUCGGGCCGCUUCCCCUACUCCCCAAGCCCGCCGGUGGCCAACGGGGCCUCCCGGGAGCCGGGCGCCUACAGCAACAGCCUGGGCGCCAGGGACCAGUACAGCCCCCUGGCCCGGCCGCUCAAUGGCUCCUACCCGGGGCCCUACACGUCCUACGUGGGGCCGCAGCUCGCCCCUGCCUGGCCCACGGCGCCCUUCGAGAACUCCAUGCUGCACUGCCUGCAGGGCCGGGCCGCCCCCAUCCCCGUCCGGGCCCCCAGCGCAGAGCUGCUGGAGGACCUGUCCGAGAGCCGCGAGUGCGUCAACUGCGGCUCCAUCCAGACCCCGCUGUGGAGGAGGGACGGCACCGGAAACUACCUGUGCAACGCCUGUGGGCUCUACACCAAAAUGAACGGCCUCAGCCGGCCCCUCAUCAAGCCCCAGAAGAGAGUGCCCUCGUCGCGGCGGAUGGGCUUGUCCUGUGCCAACUGCCACACCACGACCACCACGCUGUGGCGCAGGAACGCCGAGGGUGAGCCCGUCUGCAACGCCUGUGGCCUCUACAUGAAGCUCCACGGGGUUCCUCGGCCUCUUGCUAUGAAAAAAGAAGGAAUUCAGACAAGGAAGCGAAAACCUAAGAAUAUAAAUAAAUCAAAAGCAUGCUCUGGUAACAGUACUACUGCAGUUCCUAUGACUCCGACAUCCACGUCUUCUACCAGCUCAGACGACUGUAGCAAAACUGCUUCUCCCAGCACACAGACUGCAGCCUCCGGGGCGAGCUCGUCGGUGAUGUCUGGCCCCGGAGAGAGCACCAGUCCCGAAAGCAGCAGCCUGAAGUACUCAGGUCAAGACGGGCUGUACACGGGAGUCAGCCUGACCUCCACGGCCGAAGUGACAGCGUCCGUGAGACAGGACCCCUGGUGUGCCCUGGCUCUGGCGUGACCCGCUGUGAGGGAAGCUGGAUCCUGGCAGCCCCCAGACGCCCGCGCGUGGCUUCCUCCGCGGAGCGGCCGCAGCGGCAGCGAGAGUGCCGGCAAAGACCAUUCCUCUGAAACAGUUUUUGAGCCUUGGUGGCAGAGGUGUUUUUCUACUUCCGAAAGAGGCUUCGUCGAAGCGUCCAGUUCUCAUCUAUGCAAGAAAAAUGUAGGGAAAGCAAAUGACCACCGGGGAUAGCUAAUGCAGCCUUACACUCUCAAAAACAUCCUUCAAACCGCCCCUCCCCCCCUCCCCCCUCCAAAAAAAAAAAAAGGAAAAGAAAAAUAACAACAAAAAAGAAGAGAUAAACUCACACCUAUUGAUAGAUUCCAGAAAUACACCCUCAACUUACCCAGCAGUGCUCUCUUUCUGAUUGUAUAGUUGUUUUCAUUCUCUCAUCACCUUCUCUCCUAAGAAUUUGGUGGAAGUUGUCAGUGUCGGUGAGGGAGUAGCAAAGACUUGAAUUAUCAGAGAUAGUGAGAUACUUUUUAAUGAGUGUCAGAAGUGCUUACAGCUUGAGUUGACGCAGACUUCUCGCACCGAACAUUUGAUGUCGUCAGACAGACCCUGUCAGACUUCUUCUGUGCUCUCCAUCUUCAGCAUGCCUUGCUCUGCUCUUCAGAGCCCAGCUAUGUCCCUGGAAGAAAUCACAACGUUUGGUACAAGUCCCACAAGGUCCAGCUGGUGAAGGAGAUUUUGGGAUUGGUGUUUUUUGGUUUAAAAUAUUUACUCACUUUUCAAGACUGCGAUAUAACUUUUAAAGUACACUGUGACUGAGAUCUAUGAAAGUCCAUAUUUCCUGGCUGAACUGUAUAGAGUCAGUCAAAAUUUGUAAACAGGGUAGCAAUCAGAUAUUUUUCUUCCAUAUAUACAAUAAUUUUUUAAAGAAGUGCAAUUUGCGUUGCAGCAAUCAGUGUUAAAUCAUUUGCAUAAGAUUUAACAACGGUUUUUAUACGAAUGAAUGAAUGUAAACAUUUUAACUUAAUGGUACGUAAGUAAUUUAAAAGAAAAACUUAACUAGGCAUCCUUAGGCUUUUUAGCGCAACAAAAAUGCAUCCACUUUCUGUAUUUCCAGCUGUUAAAGCAAGAGUUUCAAAGAACAAGUCUUCUCUCAGGAAAACUGCCCUAGCCAUCUGCUCCGAAGUGUUGUACAAAAAUGCAAGUGCAUCCCCAAGGGGGUUUUUUGCCAUUGAAUAAGUGUGUGGUAGAAAGAAACAAAUUGCAAUGAAACUUUACUACCUAACUGAUACAUAUGUAAAUACUACAGAAGAUAUCUAAGCAUCUUGAAAAUGUAGGAUGCAAUCUGUAUAGUGUGACUGACGCAUAGUUAGGUUGGUUUUCAUUGGUUUUUAAGUGGGAUGUCAUUUGGAAAGUUGUUUCAUCAGAGCUUUACAAAUAAAAGGGUAUAAUUUUAGGAUUUUUUUUCCGUA